AUGAACUGGGCCAUUCUACUGUGUCUUGUUGUGGCUACGGUAGCUCAACGGUAUGACAGAAGACAUAGUGGUGAAGAAGGUGGAAUAAGCUAUCGUGCUCGGCGUGGCAAUGAUAAAGUUAGUGCUGAUGGAGAAGGAAGCAAGCCCAUUGGUGAUCUAGGCUGGGGUCCUUGGGUAUCGAGAGUACGUCGUCAAGCCGGCGGAGGAGGCAAGCCAUCGGUGAUUUAGGCUGGGGUCCGUGGGUGUCGAGAGUACGUCGUGGCUUUAAUGAUGACAAAACUAAAAAAUCAGGAUUCUACAGAGCACGACGUGGUGUCGACUGUCCUCCAGGCCAAAAAAGCUGGCAUGGCUGUAACACCUACAGCUUCCGGGAUCGUCGUGCUGCUGGCGAUGAUAAGGGUCAAGGCAGUGAUGAUAUUAAGUCAUGGGCUCCUGGUGCGUACUCAAGAGUACGUCGUCAAGACGACGACUCUGUUUCAUGGGGUCCCUACUGGUCAAGAGUUCGCCGACAAGCUGAGGGCCAUCCUGAUGGUGGUAUGUCAUGGGAUCCAUAUUGGUCAAGAGUUCGUCGACAAGCUGGGGGAAAGCCACUGGAGGACCAGGAUGAUAUGGCCAAUAAACUGCACUUGGGCUUCAGGGAUGCUGGAUAUGGGCAAUCUUAUGAAUUUGUUCAGCAGUUCGUUCAAAAAGUUGUUCGAGAUGUAAGAUUUGGAAGGAGGAGGAGUAGGGGUACUAAUAACUUUUUAAAACUUUGUUCUAAGUUUUUAUCAUAACUAACUUCAUAACGAUUUACCUUAGUAUUGCUACUUAAAAUACGGCUUUUUAGUACCACUUUCAUUCACAUGGCCUUUUUUUGCAUGGUGCUUUAUAGUAUAACCUUCUCUAGUUUUCAGUACUAAAAAAAAAUCUUUCUAAAAAGGAGAGAUUAUCAACCUGCCCCGCUCUGAUUAACUUCAAACUUUUUAUAUAGAAAAACCAUGUAAAUAUAAGAUGUUCAGCAAAGUACUAAGUCACGCUGUUUAAGAAAUCUCGAGAAAAUCGAGAUCAAAAAAUUACGUUUUGAAUAUCCCGCCAAACUGGCAUUGCUUUUCAAGCGUAUAACUUCUCCAUUUUUUGACUUUGAGUAUUUUUCUUUAAUAUGCUAGUAGAAAAACUUUAAAAAACCUAUAUUUUUAAAUUAGAAAGCGUAGCUUGUCUAGAAAGUCAAAAAGAAAGUGCUUGAAACACAAUGCCAAAUUUGCCAAAUUGGCGGAAAUCCCAAAAUAUUUCAAAUUUAAAAAUCAAAAGCGAAAGCUAAAAUGUUUUAUGAGUACUAUUAGCCCAACUAAGACCCCCUGCCUAUUUGUAAAAACCCUACCCUACUUUUCCCUACCCUACCUUACCCUACCUUUUUACUUUUCAAAUGCCAUACCAAGGCAAAUUUUUUGUAAAUAUAUAUCUACAACUUCAGAUUCGAAGCCUCAUCAAAAAGUACAAUGUAAACCCUGAAAUCGAAAUGAAAUUCCUCCGACUAUUCUUGAUCAACAUUGAUGAAGGUAACCCUCGAGACAUAAUGUUUGACUUCGCAGUACAAGAUGCUGUAAACGCGUUUGCCGUCUUAUCAGCCAUGGCUUCUCAAAAAGAAUUAGUGGAGCUUGAGUUUGCUGUGAAAUUGCUUCAGUUGGCUCAGCGGGUGAGUAUUUUAAUUCUAUAGCUAUAAUUAAAGCUAAGGCUCAGGCUCAGGCUCAGGCUCAAGCUCAGGCUCUAGCUCAAGUUCAUGCUCAGACUCAAGCUCAGGCUCAUUCCGAGGCUCAGGCUGCUCAGGCUCAAACUCAGGCUCAGGCUCAGGUUUCUGCUCAGGUUCAAGCUCAGUCUUAAACAUAUGCUCAUUCUCAGGCUUAAGCUCGAGCUCAAGCUUAGACUCAAGCUGAAGCUCCAAUUCAAACUCCAGUUUAAGUCCAAACUUAAGCUUAGAAAUAGGCUUAGCUUCACAUGCAAGCUCAGACUUACUACUUUAACCUAUCAUAGCAUAACGUUUCCUUCCAGAACCACGUCACCGACAGAAUCCGCGCUUCACUGGACGCAGCCGGAUCCAAUAUUGACGAACUGGCACAGAACAUAGCUACAGCCUAUGCGAACGCUAGAUUUUUUGUAGAUGGACCAGGAGUUAGAGUUGCCGAAGUUCUAGACGCAAUUUAUCGCCGCAACCUCAGCGCUAAGGAAAUUAAAGCUCUUUAUCAUGAUCUUACCACGUUUCGACAUGAAAUCCCCUCAUCCACUGCGGCUCAGAAACCGGCUACAAAGCAGCCCUCCAAACCCACCUAA